UCUCGCUCCUCCCCAGUUCUUCGCUUACCCGACCGCGCUUUCCGCUGGGCCCAGGCAGGGUAGGCCGCGCCUGUACUGGUAGUAGCAGCCGCCGCCGAGAUGGCGGUGGCCGUGCGGGCCCUGCAGGAGCAGCUCGAGAAGGCCAAGGAGAGCCUUAAGCACGUCGACGAGAACAUCCGCAAGCUCACGGGGCGGGACCCCAACGAUACGAGGCCUGCACAAGGUAGGCUCUUGACCAUCACAGGCCCAGGUGGAGGUAGAGGGCGUGGAAGUAUAUUGCUGAGGCGUGGAUUCUCGGAUAGUGGAGGAGGACCCCCAGCCAAACAGAGGGAUCUGGAAGGGGCGACUAAUAGAUUGGCUGGGGAACGUCGGACAAGAAGAGAAUCACGCCAUGAAAGCGACGCAGAGGACGAUGAUGUUAAAAAGCCAGCGUUGCAAUCUUCUGUCGUUGCUACCUCCAAAGAGCGAACACGCCGAGACCUUAUUCAAGAUCAAAAUAUGGAUGAAAAAGGGAAACAAAGGAAUCGGCGUAUAUUUGGCCUGUUGAUGGGUACUCUUCAGAAAUUCAAACAAGAAUCGACAGUUGCUACUGAGCGGCAAAAAAGACGGCAAGAAAUUGAGCAAAAACUUGAAGUUCAGGCAGAGGAAGAAAAAAAGCAAGUUGAAAAUGAGAGGCGAGAACUCUUUGAGGAAAGACGUGCUAAACAAACAGAACUGCGACUAUUGGAACAGAAAGUUGAACUUGCGCAGUUGCAAGAAGAAUGGAAUGAACAUAAUGCCAAAAUAAUUAAGUAUAUAAGAACAAAGACAAAGCCUCACCUGUUUUACAUACCUGGCAGAAUGUGUCCUGCUAACCAGAAAAUGUUUGAUGAUUCUCAAAAAAAGCUAAAUGCACUGUUUGAAAGUAGGCGCAUUGAAUUUGCUGAGCAAAUUAAUAAAAUGGAAGCCAGACCCAGACGGCAGUCUAUGAAGGAAAAAGAACACCAGGAGGUACAGAAGGAAGAAAAGAAGGAAGACCAGAAGAAGAAGGAGCAGGAAGAUGGUAAGGCGGUUCAGCAGGUGGAAGAGAUGGAGACAGGUAAUCAGAGCAAUGACGUAGAAAUGGAAGAGGCCGGGGAGGAAAAGGAGGCAGGUGCUAGUCCUAGUGAUGAGGAGAUAGAACAGGAAGAGGAGGAGCAAAAAGAGGAAAUAGAGGUAAAGAUAGAUGAGGGAGUAGAGCUUAAGGAGAAUGACAGGCAGCAAGAUAAUCAGGAGGAGGAUGUAGUUCUAGUUAAAGAGGAUGGGGAAAGCAUUCUGCCGCUAGAUGGAGAUCAGGAUGUGAUGGAAACGAGUGAGGUAGAUCAUGCAGAGCCACUAGAAAAUGAGAAUAGCAAAGAAGUGGUGCCGGAAAUGGAAUGUAAUGCAGAAACAGAACAGGAGGAGCCUAUUGCUGUCCUAGAGAAAGAGGAAGCCAGCAAGCCAGAGGUUGAAGCAGAAGUAGAGGAGGUAGAAGCGAAGGAGCCUGAAUCUGCUCCAGCAUUGGAGGCUGAGGCUCAGCCUCUCUCAGAGUCUGUGCUUCAGCCACAGCCUCCUCCAGUGUUGGAAUCUACCCAGGACCGGGACCAAGAGCCUCAGGUAGACCAAGAGGAGCCUCUUGUAGUGCCUGAAAAGGUGCCUGAAAUUCAGGCAGACCAAGCCCCGGGAGUAACAGUAGAAAUCAAGAACAAAGUUAGGAGCGGGAGUAGGGGUAGAGCAAGGAACAAAACCAGCAAGAGUCGAAGCCGGAGUACUAGCAGUAGUACUAGCAGUACUAGCUCUACAAGUAGUAGUAGCGGCAGCAGUUCGAGCAGUGGCAGCAGCAGUAGCCGGAGCAGCUCCAGCAGCAGCAGCAGCUCUAGUGGAACUAGCAGCCAGGAAAGCAGCAGUAGCUCUAGUAGCAGUGAGAGCAGGAGUCGGAGCAGAGGGCGGGGGCACAACAGGGACAGAAAGCGCAGGAGGAGUGUGGAGAGGAAGCGGAGGGAUAAUUCAGGAGUAGACAGGAGUCACAAGUCUUCAAAAGGUAGCAGCAGAGAUGCAAAAGGAUCGAAGGAUAAAAGUUCAAGGUCGGACAGAAAGAGGUCCAUGUCAGAAAGUAGUCGGUCAGGCAAAAGAACUUCCAGGAGCGAAAGAGACCGUAAAUCAGACAGGAAAGACAAAAGGCGUUGACAGAAGAGCCCAAUCUUUGCAGCAGAAGAUUACAUAAGUGAAAGGAUUCCAUAUGAGGAAGAAAAGGCUGCCUUAAUUGCAUGCUGUAUAAAUUUUUCUGAAGAAAUGCAGACUCCACCAGGCAACUCUUGUCCUUUUUACAUGAUUUUGUAAAAGGUUACUUACCAAAUUAUGUGAAGAUGCAGAUGUGUACAAAUAAAAGAAUUGACAGCCCCUUCAUCUUUUCAAAAACCCUCUACUUAAGAGUUUCUGUAUAUUUUAAUAGACACACAUUACAUUUAUGUGAUUCAAGUCUGUAUCAUAAGUCCUUUUUUGUGGAAAUAAAUGUGCAUUUUACAGAAGUUGAGAGCACCCAUUGCCAUGUCAUCUUGCAUAGAAAUGUCUUUAUCUUUAUUGGCACGUUUCAUGCCAGAUUGUUAAUCUGCCUAUUAAUUCUUUCUUUCCAAUUGCUAAAAAGAAAAUUGUCACCUCCCAUGAAGUCGCACAUAUCUGUGCAUAAGAUUUCCUUUGCUUUCAGAUUAUACUGUUUCUAAGUUUUGAUAAUAUUCCUUUGUGAACCAACUGCCCAUAGAUGGGAGCCAAAUAGGCACAUUGGCCGCUUCUAAUUACUUGAAUAUCAACACCUGUUUACAGAGCCCUGUAGGUAUUGGUACAAAGAUUACAUUUCUCCCUAGUGAUAUUUAGAACUUUUUUUCAACCUUGCAUUUCCAUUAAUUUCUGAGCUGUAUUAGAUAAUAGAGGAAGGCAUAGAUAAACUGCAUCAUCGAUGGUCACAAACUAAACUUUCAGUUUCCAAUAACAGUGGAUUCACAGUUAAAUUAAUCUUGGAAAAACAUGUAUGUUGUGUUGAAGAAAACCUGUUGAAUGGGAAUUCUGAGCUCAGACUUGAAAUUUUGUAACAGCUAAGGCAAGUAGAUGGCAAUUUAGCUAGUGUAAAAAGGUGACUUGCUGUUUUUAAACUUUCUAUGAAACAACAGUGUAUACAUUGGCCUGUUCUGUGAAAGUCCAAAUAAAGGUAGCUUUAUACACUACA